AUGAGUGAAACCCCUUCCACUAGUUUCUCAAUGAUUCAGCAGCGAUCUUCUGAAGGCCAGGUUGCCCCGCCUCGCCACCCGAGCGUCACUCAACCUGUGGUGGCCAAACGCAUCAGUUUCUACAAGAGUGGAGACCCCCAGUUCGGAGGCGUCACUGUGGUCGUCAAUCCCCGCUCCUUCAAAACCUUCGAUGCUCUACUUGAUAACCUGUCCUCGAAGGUGCCCCUGCCGUUUGGGGUGAGGAACAUCAGCACCCCGCGGGGCCGGCACAGCGUCACGCAGCUGGAGCAGCUGCAAGACGGGCGGGCCUACCUGUGCUCGCACAGGCAGCGCGCGCAGCCAGUGGACCUGGAGCGCGCGCGCCGCCGGCCUCGGCCUUGGCACAGCAGCCGCGCGCUCAGCGUCCACUCGCCGCGCCGCGCGCCCCCGGCCUCCUGGCUGCGCGGGUCCCGCAGGCUCGUGAUCUUCCGCAACGGAGACCCGCGCAGUGGGCGCGUGGUGGUGGCCAGCCGCGGUGUCACCCAGAGCUUCGAGGCCUUUCUGCAGCACCUCGCCGAGGUCCUGCGGUGCCCAGUGGUGAAGCUGUACGCGACGGACGGACGGAAGAUUCCUAGUCUCCAGGCGGUGGUCCUGAGCUCUGGAGCCAUUGUGGCAGCAGGAAGGGAGCCAUUUAAACCAGGAAAUUAUGACAUCCAAAAGUACUUGUUUCCUGCUAGGCCACCGGGGGCUGUUCAUCGAGCACACCCCAAAGGAAAUGCUCGGUCGGAAAGCAGAAAGAGUGAUAACUGGAAAGUUUCCAUAACCACAAGUGACUUGCCCAAUGCAGGAACUAGUUCACAGAUUUAUAUUGUACUAUAUGGAGAACACAGAAGCUCAGCCCCCAUAUAUCUGUAUGGAACAGGUGGGGCUCGAUUUCAGAAUGGCCAGGAAGAUAUCUUUAUUAUCACUGUUGGAGACAUUGGAACACUCUUUAAGAUUCGAAUUGGUCAUACCAACUCAGGGCUUUCUCCUGCCUGGCACUGUAAGGAGAUAAAAUUGUGGAACAUGAAUUCUGGAAAACAGUUCUAUAUACCUGUCCAGCGAUGGUUGGCUCAAGAUGAAGAAGAUGGAAAUAUUUGUCGAGAAUUUCCCAUUUUAAACAAAGGACAGCCUGCCUUCCCAGUAACAAUAUAUGAAGUUCACUUGGCAACGGGUGAACUAUGGAAUGCAGGAACAAAAGCAAAUGUCUAUAUUUCUAUCUAUGGAGAGAAGGGAGAUACAGGAUCUAGACAUCUGCUGAGAUCCAAGAGUGCCAUCAAUUUUCUAAGAGGACAAACUGACACCUUCUGUCUGGAAGCUGUGCAUCUUGGAGACUUGUACAAAGUUGUCAUAGGUCAUGAUGGUCUUGGACCAGGAAAUGGCUGGUUUCUUGAUGGUAUUAUGGUCAAAGAUCCCACAACAAAUCACGAAUAUGCUUUCUCCUGUAGCAGGUGGCUGGAUCAGGGGGAAGGUGAUGGUGAAAUUGUCAGAGAGCUGUAUGCCAGUGAAAGCAGCAUUCUCUUUCAGAGGAAGAAGUUAGAGCUUAAGAGAAAAGAAAUUUGGGCUGCAGAAAGCUGGAAGUUUAUGAAAGGGAAUACUCUUCAGUUCUACAAUAAGCUCACUGGAGGAUUUAUUCGCUUGCAUCCAGAUGGCACCAUUGAUGCACUUGGACAUAAGACAGACAAAUAUGGCCUUUUUGAUGUGAUUUUUAACAAAGGAAAUAAGUGCAUUUUCCAAAGUCACCAGAUGAGACAUCUCUCCCUUGCUCUUGAUAAUGGCUUUGCCACUGGAAUGGCCAGUGGUGCUCCAGCAACUGAGCUUCGGGUUCUGUAUCAACCCAAUCGCUGUGCUCUUCUUGAGUCAACACUGAUUCCCGGUCACACAAUCACUUUUGAUCGUCAUGGAAAAAUAACUGAUAACUUAUCAACAGGCUAUGCAGAGCUCUCAAAAGAAUUUGCGAUUUAUAUCAAGGGUGUGUUCCUCGACAGUGCUGUGGUUCUGCUGGCUACCAGCGUCUGCCAAGCCCUGUGUUUACAGCCUGAUGGGAGCUGCACUGGUGUGGGGAGUCAGUCAGAAAAAUCUUACUGGAAAGUGCAUAAGAUCCGCUCUGGGGUCUGCAUGUUUGAAAGUGUGAAGAAUGCACAGAUGUAUCUGAGGAUUAAGAAUGGUCUGUGUGAUGGAACAGGUACAGGAGACAUUGAUUGCCAUUUUAAAAUUAAGAAGAACUUGGAAAAUGCAUCCAUAAGCUUGGAAUCUACAAAGAGCCCAGGAUUGUUUGUUGGACUUCAGUCUGAUGGACAUGUGAAACCACUUAUUUAUACCAAUGAUGGGAGUGCUUACUUCUAUCCACGAGUCAUCCAAUUUGGCAGAGAAAAUCCAAUGGGAACAUCUGCAACCCCCAGGCUAAACGAGGAAAAAAUUGAUGAGACAAAAAUCCAGACAGAAAACUCACCAGGCUCAAAAGUGACAAGUGCGUUCUCUUCUCCAAUUGCAAAAGAAAUCAGGACUUCACGAAGCUGUGAGAAUAUUCUGUCAGAAGAUGAAUGGAAAGUGUCAGUGUUGACAGGAGACACAGGAACUCAAGCCAAUGUCACACUCUGGGUUUACGGAGAUGAAGGAGCCACAGGACCAAUAUGUCUCAGAAAGGACAACUCCAAUCACCUCUUCCUGCCAAGACAGGAAGAUGAGUUCCAGGUUGAAAUAAGAAGAAUUGGGAAGAUAUAUAAGAUCAGGAUAGGUCAUGAUGGAACUAGUAAACAACCUGAAUGGAGCUUACAGAGGGUGACUAUGCAACAUAUGAAGAGUAAAAAGACCCUAGACUUUGUAGCUAACGUGUGGUUGUCUCGCAUUCGAGCAGAUGGGGAUAUUGUCUGUGAGCUUCCUGUGGUGAAAGAAGGACAGGUUAUAUUUCCAUUGGUCAGAUACCAUGUUUAUGUUCAUACUGGACAACUGAUACAAGCAGAAACAGCUUCUGAAGUUUACCUUUGUCUUUAUGGAGAGAGAGGAGACUCCGGUCUUAGACUAAUGUACAAAUCUAAUAUGCCAAUGAAAUUUCAAAGAGGACAGAUUGAUAUGUUUCAAGUGGAAGCAGUGUCACUUGGAAAACUGCAGAAGGUGCUGUUGCGCUGUGACGCCCGUGAUGAAUCCCAGUACUGGUACUGUGAGAAGGUCAUUGUAAGAGAGCCUGGAACCACACAGGAGUCCAUCUUCAAUUGUGAAAGGUGGCUUCCUUUCAUGUCUCAGGGUAUGAUUCAUUCAGAAAUUGAACUCUACCUUCAAGGUGAGGAUUAA